ACACCACCACUCCCCCUCCCAAACCUCCCAGCUUCCCACAAUGCGCCUCCACCUCCCCCUCCCGCUCCUCGCGGCCCUCACCGCCUUCACAUCCCUCUCCACCGCCGCCCGCCUAACCCUAACCAUAGCCCCCAACGCGCUCCUCUCCUCGGCCGCCGCCCUCCCGCCCUCCACCCACGCCACGCUGCAAUCCUCCGGCCCGCCGCUGCGCGCCCUCCUCACCAAAGCCAACACCUUCGUCUUCGACAACGUGCCCGCCGGCAGCUACCUCGGCGUCGUGCACUGCCGGGACAUCGCCUUCGAAGCGCUGCGCAUCGACGUCGCCGCCGCCGCCGCCGCCGCCGCCGCCGCCGCCGGGGGAGCUGGUCUACAGAAAGUCGACGCGUGGCAGACGUUCUGGGGCAACGAGUGGGAGAACCGCGGCGAGAAGCGGGGCGAGGGGGCAGGAGGAGUAGUGGUAGAGGUGCGGCCCGUGGGGGUGAAGGAGUUUUAUCAGAGUCGGGGCGGCUUUGACCCGCUGAGUUUCCUGAAGAACCCGAUGAUUCUGAUGGCGCUGUUUUCCAUGGUUAUUAUCUUUGGCAUGCCGUAUUUGAUGGAGAAUAUGGAUGAAGAAACCAAGGCCGAGUUCGAGGAGAUGCGCGGCAAGGGCGUGCUCUCCGGCGGCCCCACGCCCGCAAGCCAGCUCCAGAACUUCGAUCUCGCGUCGUGGAUGGCGGGGAAGACGGAUAGUGGAACGCCGCCCGCGGCGAUUGAGCCUGCGCAGGGGAAGGGGAAGAAGAGGGGUUGAAGCAUACUUGACGAGGGCCGAAUGGAUACCGUUGGCAGUGUCUGCUAUUUCACUAUCAUGCCAGCGUCCAUUUAGAUUAGACGUUUGCCUCAAAGCUGCAUUUCUAGACUUGGGAGCAAUUGAAAAUACCCUCGAUGAGAUCUCCACGUCAUCAUGUUUGUGUUGUGCCAAAUAACUGGAUUAUGCUACUGUUUUUAAAGGAUUGAGUUCCAAUGGGCAUCCAACAGCGCAAAUAUAUAAAAAUCCAUCAAACGGCAAUGCUCGCUCUUGGCUUGCCUACUGCACUUGAUAGCUGAAAAGGGAGUACAAAUAACACUCCCACUGCCAACUUGUCCAUACAUCUACUUCCUUCUCCUUCCCUGACUCACCUUCUC